CUUCAUUAAAUUCCAUGCCUCCUGUUUCUCUUUCUCCCUAUAAAAACGACCCUCCAAAACACCUUGAAGGCAACAAUCACCAACAUCGAGAACUUCCUUCAUCUCCAUUCUUUGCCUCUUUCUCUCCUUUUCUCUCCUUUUCACAUCUGAAAGAAGAAGAAAAAUCAAGUUCCUCUCUUCCAUAUAAUACAAAGAAACCAAAAUCAUGAGGUCUUCUGUUGGACUUGCAAAGCCAUGCACAGUCCCACCCACUAGAGACAUGACAUUGGAGUGCUGCACUCUCACUCAACCCAUAAAACUCAACAAAAAGUUCUUACAAAAUCAACCUCUAAAAAAUUGGGAAGGCCUGCUUGACCCGGUUCGCCAUGAAUCGGCGACUGCAUCCCGGCCGGUUAAACUAAGACGGAAAUGGAUGGAGUAUCAAGGUAUUCGAAACUGGGAAGGUUUGCUUGACCCUCUUGAUGAUAAUUUACGUGGAGAAAUUCUUCGGUAUGGACACUUUGUCGAUGCUGCAUAUAAGUCUUUUGACUUCGAUCCUUCAUCACCCACCUAUGCAACCUGCCGGUUCCCAAAGAGCACAUUGUUUGAACGGUCCGGUAAACCGGAUACUGGUUACCGGCUAACCAAACAUCUACGUGCAACAUCGGGAAUCCAAAUCCCACGUUGGAUUGAAAAGGCACCUAGUUGGGUGUUUACCCAGUCCAGUUGGAUUGGAUACGUAGCCGUUUCUCUAAACAAGGCAGAAAUUGCGAGGCUAGGACGCAGAGACGUGGUGAUUGCCUUUAGAGGUACUGCCACUUGCCUUGAAUGGCUGGAGAAUCUUAGAGCAACCCUGACUCAACUGCCAAAUUCAGAUUGUGGCAAAAAAGGCUCGGACGAUUCUGGACCCAUGGUAGAAAGCGGAUUUUUGAGCCUUUACACUUCAGGAACACCAAUGGGUCCUAGUUUACAAGAAAUGGUGCGUCAAGAGAUCAAAAGGCUACUCCAUACUUAUGGUGAUGAACCUCUUAGCUUAACCAUUACAGGACACAGUCUUGGAGCUGCACUUGCUACUCUUGCUGCUUAUGACAUCAAGACUACAUUCAACUGUGCGCCACUUGUGACUGUCAUUUCUUUCGGAGGUCCGCGUGUCGGUAACAGGAGUUUCAGACGACACCUGGAAAAACAAGGAACGAAAGUCCUGCGUAUUGUAAAUUCAGAUGAUGUAAUAACAAAAGUACCUGGAUUUGUAAUUGAUGGGGAGAACAAUGUGCCAAAUAAAGGAGACCUCAAUAUGGCAAGCUUGCCUAGUUGGAUCCAAAAAAAGGUAGAGGACACACAAUGGGUCUAUGCAGAAGUUGGCAGGGAGCUAAGACUUAGUAGCAAGGAUUCUCCAUAUCUCAAUAGCAUCAAUGUAGCAGCAUGUCAUGAUUUGAAGACUUACCUGCAUCUGGUGAAUGGAUUUGUAAGCUCCUCCUGUCCUUUUAGAGCAAAAGCAAAGCGUUUUUUUCUUAGCAACCACCGUAGAUAAAAUAAACAACGACGACGACAAUAAUAAUAAUAAAAGAACAAGAGGCCUAUGGAAGCUAGGGUUUAGGAUAUCCGUACAUAAAUUAAAUAAUACUUUGUUAUGGGCAGGUAGAAUGAAAUAUUCAUUUUUCCCCCAUGGUUGGCAUUACCCGCCAAACGCGGGGGUGGGCAUUGCCAUUCUUUGUUAACAGAAGUUGAAAAUUGAAUCACCAUUGAUUUUACUUCCCUGAAACUAAAAUGCAUAUUUCAUCAAGUUUCUUGCCUCCGUUUAAUCGGGCUUGGCGGAUCAUUUCUUCCCCUUUUCUUUCUCUUUAGUAUGUAUAUUACAGAAAAGACAAGAACGUAUUUUAUAUAAAAGAUAAGAAAAAACAUAAAAUAAAAUAUUCUUUAAAUAAAUAUUUACAUUUUUAAAACAUGAUGAAAACUUGUCCUCAAUAUCUGUCUUUUCAAUCUCAAAACAAUAACUAAAAACUACUAAUAAAUUUACAACCUUGUCAAUUCAUACUCGUCUUUAAAUGAUGAAUACACCUUCUUUUUUUUACUGCUAAGGAAAUUCGGUCCCACAGCAGUAAUCUAUACAGUCGAGAGCAAUUAGUUUAUAACUACCAAAUUACCCCUACAUCCAACAAUAUCUUGAAAAUUGCCCGUCAAAGACACCGACCCGGAGCUGCCCUACCAAAUGCAAGAGCCGUCCAUUCCGAUCACGCAGAACCGUUAAUGUGGAAAUUAGUGACAGUCCUUCACUAUACAAUAGCAUUAAUGGAAGUUCCUUCAAGUUUACCACUGUAAAGCUUAAAGAGUCAUUGUAUAAGUAUGUGCUUAAUUAUUUCCAACUAUAAUUGGACUGACGUAGAAGUUUGAUCAUUUCAUGUUUCUCGUUUCUGGGUAGGUCUGUGUGCAACACAAUUUGUCCUUGCUGACAAUCGAUCCUCUUCUCCAUAAUGUAAGAGGAUUCAAUCAAGUCUAGUUCUAUAUAUAAUCCAUUUUAGCA